AUGCGUCUGAGUUGGAUCCUUCUCGCCGCUGCAGUGGCCCUCGCCGCGACUCCGGUUUCGGGUGCCUCCGAUCUCUCCUUGACCGAAUCGGUCCAGAGUGGCAAGCGAUUCUUUCGCAGCACCGAGUCGAACAACAAGCACCAGCAAGAUACGGAAUUGGACUUGACGGGUGAAGAGCGGGGUCCCGAUGUUGUUAAGCCGCUUUUAAAACUAAAGGUCCCAGCGAAACCGCUUCUAACGAUCGAGAUUCCGAAGGUGAAGGCCUCAGUGAAGGCCCCACAGCUGUCGAUAUACCGUGUUGCCGAAGAUAUGAUGGGUCCUCUCACGCCUGAAAAGCUCAACACCGUUCGGUUGUUCAUCGAGAAACAAGUGAAGAAUAACCAAGUCGCCAAAAAAAUCGUCCAGGAGUUCGUCAAUGAAAAAUGGACCCCGUCUAUGCUCAGAAAAAAUUUGGGCAUCACUAGGGGGACUCCCAAGACCUCGGAGGAGUACCAAGCGUACAUUGCGUUGGUUCAGGUCCGGUCCUACAACACCGUCCAGCGAAAGACUGGGGUGGCGUUGUCCCUCCCGUGGAAACCCCAGGUUAAGACGUUGUGA